AUGCAGUUCGUUACCGUAAUCCUCGCCCUGGCCGCCACGGCCUUCGCUGCCCCCAACAUCGCCGAGAGACAGAACACCGGCUGUUUCGGUGCUGGUCAGAGUUGCAUUUCAACUACCGACUGCUGUAACUACCAGACUGGUGCCGGAGGUGCCUGCGUUUGGGCCUCCGACACCGACAGCACCGGCAAGUGCACUUAA